AUGGAUCCAUUCAACGAUGUUAAAGAUGAUGCAUAUUCAGUUGUUGGUCGAUUAGAAUCACUCAUAUCCCAACGCAUAUCAGGCCAACCCCCUACUACUGAACAAUCACAAGAUUUCGACAACAAUUAUGAAGAGUUGCAAGAGAUGCGUGAUGAUUUACAAAGUGCUCUUGAACAAAGCGCUAAAAACCCAACUCAAUUCAAUCUAACUAGUGGUGACAUCUCGCAACGUCAAGCCGUUUUACAAGAUCUUAACCGUCGAAUAUCACACUUGUUACAAUCAUGGGAUAACAAAAAGCUACGUGAUGUAACAACAAUGUCGAAUCGAAUAAGUCAAGACGAUGAGAAUCCAUUCAAUAUAGACACAGACAAUGGCGGUGGAGGGACAGAAAACAUGACUACAUAUCAACAACAAGAGUUGAUUCAAGAACAAGAUUACCAAUUGGAUGAUAUUCAUAAAACAAUGAUGAAUUUGAAUCAACAAGCAACUAUGAUGGGUGAUGAAUUGGAUGAUCAAGGGUAUAUGUUGGAUGAAUUGGAUGUCGAAAUGGAUCAUGUGGGCAAUAAAUUGGGCAGAGGGAUGAAAAGAUUGAAUAUUUUUAUUGAAAGGAAUAAAGAAACUGCUAGUAAUUGGUGUAUAGGUAUAUUGGCGGUAGUGCUAUGUAUCUUGUUAGUGUUGUUGAUUGUAGUGUAA